AUGUACUUCCAAUCUUCAAUGCUUAUUACCGCUCUUGCCGGCCUUGCCGCCGCCAGCCCCUUGGAAACCCGCCAGUUUGGCCUUGGUGGAACUGGCAGCACGUCAAACGAGUUCUCUCAGGGUGGAUGCAGAGACAUCCUGUUCGCGUGGGCUCGCGGAUCUACUGAAAUUGGCAACAUGGGCACCGUCGUUGGUCCACCAACCUCAGACGGACUGAAGCAAGAAUUCGGUGACAACGCCGUUGCAACUGAGGGCAUCGACUACGCUGCCACGAUCGGCACAAACGCCAUCCCUGGAGGCACGGACACUGCCUCCAAGAGGCUCAUGCAGGACACCCUCAACUCCAUGGCGCAGAAGUGUCCGGACUCAGUCAUCGUAGCUGGUGGCUACUCUCAAGGCGCUGCCGUCAACCACCGUGCCAUCGAGGAGCUCGACGCUCGUGUUCAGGACCAAAUCGCUGGCGUGGUGCUCUACGGCGAUACCCAGAAGCAGCAGGACAACAAUCAGAUCCCUAACUUCCCAGCCGACAAGGUCAAAAUUAUUUGCCAGACUGGAGAUGCCGUCUGCCGCGGGCAACUGGUGGUUCUGCCUGCACACUUGACAUACGGUUCGCGCGCCGAUGAAGGUGUCGAGUUUCUGGUUCAACAGGUCAAGGGCGCUCAGGCGAAGAUCAAGGCCAGGGACGCGAAGCGUGACGCGGAGAAGAGCGCUGUCGGCUUGGCUGCCACUGUCAAGAAGGUUGCUAUUGCUCUCGUCGCCUAG